AUGCAGCCCUCGUCAGUUAAUAAUUCGCCCCGAAGGGCCAACCCCUUUAGCCGUCACUCACCUUCGCCCUCACCAAGUCCCCAAGUGUCAACAUCAAGACCAAAGUCUGCUGUGUUGCCCACGACCUUUGUGGAGCCUGAAAAGAAAUCGCACACGCGGAACUCGUCGUUAUCACACUUCUCAGCGGUAACUCUCGGGUCAGAAAAUCGGCCACGGUCGAGUUCUCUGAGACAGUCAGUCCACGCUUCGGGAACAUUUGCUCCCCAGUUCAUUAAAGCGGAGGAACUGCAGAGGGGAGCCAACUCGAUUCAUAACUUGGAAGGGGAUAAUGACUUCUCGGGCAAGCGGUAUGUUUGGUUGAAGGAUCCCGAAAAGGCUUUCAUUCGGGGAGAGGUCCUCGAAGAGAGACAAGAUGGCAACUUGUUUGUGCAAUGCGAGGAUGGCAGUCAACGCGAAGUAAGUAUAGAAAAUGCGGAUAAAGUCAACCCAGCGAAAUUCGAUAAGGCCGACGACAUGGCCGAACUUACUCAUCUCAACGAGGCGUCUGUUGUGCAUAACCUGCAUUUGCGUUAUCAAGCUGAUCUCAUCUAUACGUACUCCGGCCUUUUCUUAGUUACUGUUAACCCAUAUUGUCCCCUCCCGAUUUAUACAAAUGAGUAUGUGAGAAUGUACAAGGGUCAGAGUCGAGAGGAUACACGGCCGCACAUAUUUGCAAUGGCAGAUCUAGCGUUUCGCAACCUCGUGGAAGAAGGCGAAAAUCAAAGUAUACUCGUGACAGGCGAGUCAGGUGCCGGGAAAACAGAAAACACUAAAAAGGUGAUCCAGUACUUGGCGGCAGUAGCCACUCCCGAGUCGUCUGGGACACGAUCUGGAAAGGCUUUCUCCAAUCUGUCGCAACAAAUACUCCGCGCCAAUCCAAUCCUGGAAGCCUUCGGAAACGCCCAAACGGUGAGAAACAAUAACUCCUCUAGAUUUGGAAAGUUCAUUCGAAUCGAAUUCACUCGCUCCGGCCAGAUAUCCGGGGCAUAUAUUGAUUGGUAUCUGCUUGAGAAGUCGAGGGUGGUUAAACCUGGUAGCCGAGAACGCAAUUAUCAUGUCUUUUACCAGCUAUUGCAAGGCUCUGAUAAGAAUUUGAGAAGUAAACUUCUUCUUGCAGACAUGCAAAUUGAAGACUUUGCAUACACGAGAGAUGGCAACGACUCUAUUGCUGGAGUAUCUGAUGUCGAGGAAUGGAAAGCACUUAUGGAAGCUUUCCAAAUAAUGAACUUCUCCGAGAAUGAUCGCAUGUGCAUCUUACGUACCGUUGCCGCCGUGCUGUAUCUUGGAAAUAUCACCGUCACGAAAGAGCGUGUCCGCGGCGAUCAAGCAGCUUUGACACCGGAAGCCUAUGAAAGUGUCCACAAAGCAUGCCAGCUCCUCGGUGUCGACUCCGACUCGUUUGUCAAGGGACUUUUACAUCCGAGAGUCAAGGCUGGCAGGGAGUGGGUCGAGAAAGUCCAAACUCCAGAACAAGUCAGACUGGCACUUGAUGCAUUGGCUAAAGGUAUCUAUGAGCGGGGCUUUGGUGACUUGGUGAAUCGUAUCAAUAAUCAGCUUGAUAUGAGCAGUUCUGCCAGCGACGAUACAUACUUCAUUGGUGUACUGGAUAUUGCUGGUUUCGAGAUAUUCGAAAGCAACAGCUUCGAGCAACUGUGCAUCAAUUACACCAACGAGAAGCUCCAGCAGUUCUUCAAUCACCACAUGUUUGUGCUUGAGCAAGAAGAAUAUGCUAGAGAGCAGAUCGAAUGGCAAUUCAUUGACUUCGGCAAAGAUUUACAGCCAACCAUUGACCUUAUCGAACUGACGAAUCCAAUUGGCAUUUUCUCUUGCUUAGAUGAAGAUUGUGUGAUGCCAAAAGCUACGGAUAAGACUUUCACGGAAAAAUUGCACUCUCUCUGGGACCGGAAUUCGCCAAAAUAUCGUGCCUCUCGACUAAGUCAAGGGUUUGUCCUUACGCAUUAUGCUGCGGAAGUGGAAUAUACUACUGAAGGUUGGCUGGAAAAGAACAAAGACCCUUUGAACGACAACAUCACUCGCUUACUAUCUGGCUCGACCGAUAAACACAUUUGCAAUUUGUUUUCGGAUUACGUCGAUACUGACGAUGAACAAGGCUUUUCGCGAAGCAGGGUAAAGAAAGGUCUAUUCCGCACUGUGGCUCAAAGACAUAAAGACCAGCUGUCAAGUUUGAUGAAUCAACUUCAUUCGACUCAUCCACACUUCGUACGUUGUAUUCUUCCAAACCAUAAGAAAAAACCCAAACAGUUCAAUGGACCUCUUGUCUUGGACCAAUUGCGAUGCAAUGGUGUCCUCGAAGGUAUUCGAAUCGCUCGAACUGGUUUCCCAAACCGUCUUUCUUUCAAUGAAUUCCGACAACGCUAUGAAGUCCUUUGUCGCGACAUGCCUAAAGGCUAUCUUGAGGGCCAAAGCGCGGCUCACAUUAUGUUGAAUAAAUUAGGCCUGGAUAAAUCGUGGUAUCGCGUUGGUCUGACAAAGGUUUUCUUCCGAGCCGGAGUACUCGCGGAACUGGAGGAGAAGCGAGAUGCUCUGAUCCGAGAAAUCAUGACAUUAUUUCAGUCCGCGGCUAGAGGUUUUGUCCAGAGGCGCAUUGCGAAUAAGAGACUGUACAGGGCGGAGGCAACUCGUAUCAUUCAGAAGAACUUCCACGUUUAUUUGGCUUUGCAACGGAAUCCUUGGUGGCGAUUAUUUACUGGAAUGAAGCCACUGCUUGGAGCUACCAGAACAGCCGCUGAGGUGAAGAAGAGGGACGAAAAGAUUUCGCAACUUGAAGCCAAGGUGCAACAGGACCUGCAAGACCGCCACAAAUUAGAGGAAGAAAGGAGACGAGCGGAGUUAGAAAUCAGUCGUGUCAAGAAGACUUUGGAGAGUGAACGGGCUCUUGCAUUGGAUAAGGAGGAAAUCUUCAAGCGCCUUCAGAUUAGAGAGGUUGAGCUGAGCGAGAAGCUAGCAGAGGCCAUUGCUGAUCAAGAAAACCUCGAGGGACAACUUGACGAACUGAUUGAAGCCAAGAGAAAGGCCGAGGAACAGCUUGAAGCAAGAAAGGUUCAAUUAGAGCAAGCCGGACAGAUCAUCGUGAAGUUGGAAGCCGACAAAAAGCAACUACAGGAGCGACUGACUGCGAUGGAUUCUGAGUUGAAAGAGAUGGAGAAUACGCAUUCUCAGCGGGAUGUCCAAGUACAGGAUCUCACUCAAGAAAAGAAAAUGCUACAAAGCCAACUCAGCCUGAAGGAGAGAAAGUUACAGGAUCUCGAGACAAAACUCCUGAAAUCCGAUCAAAAUCUCGAUGUGAAACUAGCAAAGACCUCCAAGGAACUUGAAGCCUCCCGGAUUCAGGUGAAGAACCUCUUUGAUGAGAAUAAAGCCAUCAGGCAAGAGAUCGCCGAGCUCUCGAAGACCUCGACCGGUUACGAGGAGAUGAUCCGACGUAAGGAAGGUGAACUCGUAGUCCUUCGUAACGAUGCGAAAAGAUACGAAGAGGCUAAAAAGAGUCUUGAGGUAGAGCGACAAUCCCUUGGGGAACGGCAUGAUAACAUGCAGAAACGCCUACGUGAUCUACAGGCCGAAAUGGAUGCAACAAAAUCAGAGAAGCUUACGUUAGAGCGUGAGGCUGCUGAUGUUAAGAGGAUGCUUGAAGCCAAGAUGACUGAGGAUGCUGAAGCUGGUCACAGUCGAAGGCUUCUUGAACAGCAGGUACAGGAUUUGAAGGCUCAGCUCUUCCAAUUGCAGGCCGAUCUCAGCCGGGAGAGACAAUCACGGGACGAUGUUCAAAUGCUUGGGGAACACAAGCUAGCCGAGCUGAAGGGCAAGUACGAAAGCUUGAACGAAGCGAAGAUCACCAUAGAGAAAGAGAUGUAUAUUCAGCAAGAUACCUUACGUCGUGCCACCGAAGCUCGUACAGCUGCCGAACAGGCUCGCAAAGAUCUACAAGCCGAACUGAUUAGAAUGCGUGAACGCUUUGCCAAUGCCGAAAAAGCACGAUUGGAUGCGGAGAGCCAUGUCGAGCGGAACCUGAUAAAGCAAGCUAACGAAAAACAAGCGGCACUUCGCGAGGAACUCGAUAUUGCUUCUAGCCAUUUGCAGGAAGUAGAAGGCGAAAAAUCCCGGUUGUCCAUACAGGUCCAGGAACUCACACAGAUGCUAGCGGAUUCCGAGAACUUUCGCGAACGUCACGAUCAACAGAAGGAGCGGCUGGAACGCGAGCUGGUUACUAUCAAAGGUAGACUAGCUGCAUCUGAGAAUGAUAAUCGUGCUCUUCUCAAUAAGAUCCAACAGAAGAACCUGGAGAUUUCUCGUUCGAAUUCAAAGGCUAGCGACAACCAGCGAUCACGGAUCGUCCAGCUGCAAAAUGAAAAAGCUAAGUUGGAAGAGGAACAAAAGAAGGUGCAGCGUCAAUUAGGUGAUGCCCAGGUUACCAUAACUUCUCUUGAAAAGCAGAAAGAAAAGUUGGCUUUGACCGUUGAAGAUCUGAAUCAUGAGGUUGCUCGAGAGCACAAGGCGAGUCGUAAGGCCGAGUCAGCUUCCUCAACGAUGACUCUUCAGCUGGCGGAAGCAAAUAGAAAUCUCGAAACUGAGAGGCAAAUGCGGAACCAGGCACAAGCCAAUACUCGCCAACUUCAAACAGCCUUGGAUCAGGCACACAAAGAGAUUGAAGAUUGCCACCAACAGUUAAUGCUUCUGCACAAGGUCUUUGAUCCCGAGGUUGACGAGGCCUCGAAAUCUUGGGAAGCAAUCCAGCCUGAUCUCUCCAAAAAAGUGGACCUCGCUCAACUUCUCGAGCUGGCUCAUAGGGACUUACGUGUCUCCGAAGAAAGAUAUAGCAGGGCGGAAAGCCAAUUGGUAGAAAUGCGUCAACGUCAUGAAGGCGAGAUAAAAGAGAUGGACGCUCGCUACAGCUCGUCAAAAAGGGCCUUACUAGAGGAGAUUGACAAUAACCAGGUUUCCACUUCUCGAUCACCGACCCAUAUUCGAAAGAAUUCCGAGAAUGCAAAGAGAUUCUCCAAUCCUUCAACACCCAACCGGCGAUUUAACCUCAAUGAAGUCAACCAGGAUUCCGGCCGCUCAGAUCGUACUGUCGACACUACAACGUAUCAAAAGCGAAUGGACAUGGCGACAGAGCUUGAAGAGUUGCAGAACAAAUUACAAAUGACGGAAAUGCAAAAUAGACACCUACAAAAUCAGCUUGAGCUCGCGACUCCUAGUAGGGAUAUGUGGCAAGAGGAUAGUCCAUCGAUCCGCCGUGUCCAAUUGCUGGAACGUGAAAAUGGCAGACUUCAUGAAAAGCUGGACGACUCAGCUAAAAAGGUUUCCGCUCUAGAGCGUAUGAUGCAGACCGGAGAGUUGUCCUUGCGUGAUGUACAAGCCAAGUCUCACGAGGAGCUUUUUGAUCUCCUCAACUCCCAGGAACAAUCGAGGAAGUCGCUUCUUAAUGUCAAUAAAAAUGCUAUAGCGGAACUUACGGAGGCGAAGUCCCAGUUCGAAAAACUCAAGAGAAGCAAGACUGCUUUAGAAGUCGAGUUAAGAGAUGCUCGCUCCGACCUUCAAGACGCCGAGUUCACAAGGGAACAGGAAGCUGCAAGCCGAAAUCAACUAUUGCAGGAAUUUUCUGAUCUACAGAUUCGUCUCGAUGCCGAGGAGUCAAAAGUCAUUGAUUUGACAUCUAGUCUCAGUUUGUACAAGAGUCGUGCCGAUGAGUACUUCAGCAAGCUUGAACAAGCAGAAAUUGCGGUACUCAAAGCUGCUCGAGCCGAACAAUUCGCCAAAUCGCAAGCCAAAGAAGCAGAAGAAACAUGUGCUAUGAUAAUGGCUGAACGUCAGCGUAUGGAUUCUCUUGUCGAAGACCUACAACGACAGGUCCAGUCGUACGAAGAAAAGGUUGAAGAUCUCUCUGCGGAUCUAGAAGGAGCUCUCCAAGGUAAACGACGCCUGCAAAAUGAGCUAGAAGAUUAUCGAAACCAUAGAGCGUCAGAAAUUGAGGACAAGGAAGCUUCCCUCGAGCAGACAAGGAAAAAGUAUCAGAGAGAGUUUGCGACUAUUGCCAACGAGCUCGAAAUCGAGCGCGAGAACCUACUUCAUGUCCGCGACGAGAAUUCGAGGUUGCGUGAGGAGUUGGAAGACUUACGCAGCAAAUGGGAUAAUGAGGUGCUCAACAGCUCAACGUGGGCUAAAGAGAAGUCUCGUUUGGAAAUGACCUUGCAAGAUGUCUCCUCCUCACGUGACGAAGCAAUCAAGGCGCACAAUGAUGCUCAAAGCAAAGUUGUGUCAUUAUUGUCACAGGUGCGGAAUCUGCGUACUUCUGUCGAUGAUAUCACCUCAGAACGAGACUUGUUAGCAAAAGACAAGAAGGUCUUAGAAUCCCGACUGAAGGAGGCUACCGAUCGUCUUGAAGAUUUGGCGAAUGGAGAUAGCCCUUCCAUGAGGGACGCGGCUGGCAUGGACCGCGAGAUUCUCGAACUCAAAUCUAAGCUAGCGCAGCAUGAAGAUGUAUCUGCAGCUGCGGUUGGGAAGAUGCGCCGAGCAGAAGCUCUUUCGGUGGAGAUGCAGAAAGAACUAGUCGCUGAGCGAGAAGCGAACGCCACUCUUUUCAAAGAGAAGGCAUCACUGGAGAAGCAGCUUAAGGAGGUUCAGCUCCGGUGCGUCGACUUGGAAACUAAGGGGUUUUCAUCGGCUUCUCAAGAUAUCAAAUUCCUUCACAAGCGAGUUAAGGAGCUCGAAACGCAGUUGGAGGAACAAGAAUCUAAGUAUAGCGCCGAGCAGCGUUCCACACGCAAUGUCGAUCGUACGGUCAAGGACUUGCAAUCGCAGAUUGAACGAAGGGAUAAAAUCAACUCGCAGUUGACCGACGAUAUCAACAAAUCCCGCGACAAAAUUGAACGCCUCCUGCAAACGAUUGAUGAACUUCAAUCUUCUGACUCUCAGAGCCAAUUGCAAGCAAAGCGGGCAGAGCGAGAAUUGCGUGAAGAGCGCGAGAAAGCUCUUCGGCUCGAGAGAGAGCUAGAAGGAUGGAAGCAAUUGCGUGUCGAGAGAGGCAGCAUUGUUGGAAGAGCAAAUGGAUUGAGUGACGUUGCUAGUCGACGCGGCAGUGGCGUGUAUAUCGCUAAUGGUACGGUCGAAGUACCUCAGCGGAAGUUCAGCAACACUAAGGGCUUCAUCUGAGUUGCUUGAAUAGGACUCGGAGGGCGGUAUAUGACGCCAUAUCUAAACAUUUGUCGUUCUUUUUCUCUGCUGUUCUGGCAUGUGCGAUACUCAUCUGCUUGGGGGCCCGGGUUGUUUAGUGUUCUGAUGAUGAUAAUAUGAUAUGGAGGUAAAGGACAUGAGUGGCUAGGUGGUAAGAGGGGGUUCUCGUCUUGUUUUUGUUUAUACUAUAUGUGCAUUUGCAUGUAUUAUGGUCUUCAUUAGGGUGCGAUUGAUUUGGUCGGUUCCUGUUUUGUUUUUGAGCUAGUCAUUUUGAUGAACAUAAUCUCUUUCUUUC